AUGUAAACAAAACCAAAAUAUUGUUCACAAGCAGUCUAAAAUAUGUGUCAAUAUUGCCUUUGUUUCAUGAUAUAAGACCAUUUAUAUGCAAAAGGUCUAAUGUAACUUCCAACUCAACUUCAUGUUUAGACAGUGUUUUCGUCUACUCAAAGCUGCUGCACUUCAUCACUCUACUAAUAACUGUGUCAUCAUGGAUAUGGCAAAUGGUGUUGUGUGGUUCACCAUAGCUGUUGUUUUCAUCACUGUGGUUAUCAGCAAGGCAACAAAACGAGGAAUUAUGUUUGAUCCAAAAUGUAAUCGUCCACAUCCACCAACAGUGAAGGGUGUUUCUUUUCUUCGAGUUUUACAUACACUUCUUUCAAAGGGUCUGCAAGCAAUGAUCCACGAUCAAUAUACAAAGUUGGGGACUGUGUUCACAAUAAGUUUCUUUCAAUUCAAGGUAACAUUCUUGAUUGGACCCGAGGUCUCUGCUCAUUUUUACCAAGGCUUGGAUUCAGAGAUUAGCCAUGGUAAUAUGAUUGAAUUCACUGUGCCCAUGCUUGGCAAAGAGGUUGGCUAUGGCGUGGACACUGCCACCCGGAAUGAGCAGUCUCGUUUCUCCUAUGAUGCACUAAAACCAUCAAAGUUGAGAAGCCAUGCUGGUCCCAUGAUUCAAGAAGUGGGGGAAUACUUUGCAAAGUGGGGACAGCAAGGCAUGGUUGAUCUGAAACAAGAGCUUGACAAGUUACUCAUGCUAAUCUCGGGCCGAUGCUUACUGGGGAAGGAGGUCAGGGAAAAGAUGUUUGAUGAGUUCUUUACUCUGUUCCAUGAACUCAGUGACAACGGCAUGUGCCUAACCAGUGUAUUAUUUCCAUAUGCUCCAACUCCAUCAAACCGACGACGUGACAAAGCACGGGCCAAGCUCUCAGAGAUGUUGACUGAAAUUGUGAGAUCGCGCAAGAAAUACGAUAAUGUUGAGAGUGAUGUGCUGCAGAACUUGAUAGACUCCAAAUAUGCAGAUGGCCGAUCUACAACGGAAGCUGAGGUCAUUGGACUGAUCAUCACCUUGCUCUUUUUAGGAAAGCACACAAGCACCAUCACUAGUGUAUGGACAGGUGCUCACCUUCUUGCUAGUACAAGGAGCUUGGCAUCUGUCCUCGAAGAACAAAAGAAAAUAGUUAGAAAAUAUGGGGAUGAUCUAGACUAUAAUGCCUUCCUAGAGAUGGACACCUUGCACCGUUGCAUCAAGGAGACGCUACGAAUACAUCCUCCAGUACCAAUGUUUCGUCGUAAAGUACACAAGAACUUCACUGUGCAGACAAAAGAUGGCAAUGAGUAUGAGAUUCAUAGAGGCCAUACACUAAUAAGUCCGGUGCAAUUCAAUGGCAACUUACCUCACAUUUAUAAGGACCCGGAUGUGUACGACCCAGACAGGUUUGGUCCAGGAAGAGAAGAAGACAGAGUUGGUGGUAAGUUUUCCUACACAUCGUUUAGUGCUGGAAGGCAUGCUUGCCUAGGCGAGUCUUACGCUUAUUUGCAAAUUAAGGUGAUAUGGAGCUAUUUGCUAAGAAACUUCGAGCUAAAACUGGAAUCUCCUUUUCCUAAGCCUGAUUGGACCAAGCUAGUGCCGGAGCCUAAAGGAAGAGUAAUGGUGAGUUACAAGAAGCGGGUACUACCUACCAUCUAGAUGGCAAACUGUUGUCUAGCCAUUUAUGCAAACCCAUAAGGACAUAAUCAUGUAUGCUUGUGUGUAUAAUAUGCACAUGCAUGUAUAUAUCAUGUUUAUAAUAGGCACUAGUGUUGUAUGGAGUAAUGGUGCCAUUAGUCACAUAUGGGAUCGAGCUUAAAACAGAAAUUGUAUCGUCAGUCUCGUCGUCGCUGUCGUCGAGGAUAUGCAGUUCUGUUUCUCCGUCAGUCACGCGGCCUCACGCCUCGCCAUACACAUCCUUCCCGGUUCUGUUUGGCCGUCGCCGUUCACGUACUGUUGGCACUAGUUGCCAUCGCCUCGUCGGCCGUCGGCCCAUCCUCUAUAUUUAUCGUGGAUCCGCUGGCAGUUAGCAGUAGUUGAGCGUGCCUUUUCUGGACCGGACUCAGAGGCGAAGCUACAUGUUAGGGGGUGUAAAUGUAGCCUCUAAAAA